UCUCGAGGUGACCCCAACAAGCAUAUAAACCACCCCAAACUCUCGUAUCCUUCACCAAUGAUAAGUUGUGCUCAGCACAAAUCUGUGUGUUCAUCUUGACUCCUUUCUUUCCCAAUGGGCUUUUGGUUUUCAGGUGUGGUGGUUAAAGAUGAGCAGGCCAGGAGAUUGGAACUGCAGGUCCUGCCAGCACCUGAACUUCCAGAGGAGAGAGUCGUGCCAGAGGUGUGGCGAGCUGAGAGGCGGCGAGAGGGGCGGCGAUUCUUCUUACGGGGGCUUCGGCGGGAGGAGCGGCUCGCCUUUUGGGCUCACAGGCCCGGACGUCCGGCCCGGCGACUGGUACUGCAGCGUCGAUGGCUGCGGGACUCACAACUUCGCCGUCCGCUCCACCUGCUUCAGGUGCGGGGCCCCGAAGGACGAGUCAGACAGCGGUGGCCGUCGUUACGAGAGCGAGACACCUCGGCCGCGAGGUUUUGGAGCCUCUGGAGGCAGCGGCGGCAGCAGUAGUCGCCGGGGGUGGAGACCUGGUGACUGGAUUUGCACCAGGUCAGGAUGCAAUGAGCACAAUUUUGCUAUGAGAUCAAACUGCUUCAGGUGCAAUGCACCAAGAGAGUAUUCGUCGGGCGGCGGGUCUGACUAUUCUUCUUGAAGUGUUCCAUGAUCUGGAAGAGCCUGGAAGAGAAUCGAGCAAGAAAGUGCAGCCACUGUCUUUGGUCUCUCUUUCUGCCAAGAAAACAUUUUCCAUUGGAGUUAUUUGGUGGGCUUAAAUGACAGAUCAAAAGAACAUAAAGAGAGUCGUCUUCUUCUUCUUCUUCUUCAUUUUUCUUUGUUUUUCUUCAGUUCUAUGUUGUUCUUAUGGUCUAGUUUGUCUUGGCAUAGCAUUGUAGCUUGCGGGUUAGCAGUUCCUCCAUCACCUGUUUGAGAGGGGUUUCCCAUGGUUAUUGCAGUACUGUCUGAGAAUUUCUUUCA